AUGUACAAAAGAAUUGUAUUGUUAUGCACAGUACUCUUGUUGGCAGCAGCUGUUGUGAUGGCAGCUGACACAACCAGCUCAAAGCCUGUUGAUACUUAUGGCGAGCAUAAGCAGUUUUGCUACAAGAGAUGUAAAACAUAUAAAACUGAAAAGGGAAAGUGCAGUGAUUAUGAAUGGAGAGGAACCACCAAGAAAUGUUGUGCUUGGAAAGUUGUUGGUAAAGGAAAGUGUUUGAAGUAUAAGAGAUACAGCAAGUGCAUCUACAAAUCCAAGCCCAGAAAAUUAUGUUUGGGUCAUGGUUACAAGCAAGUGUGUAAGCCAAAGAAGGAAAGAUAUUGCGUCAAGUAUGGAUGGAAGCACCAAUGCGUUGGAAAGGGAAAGAAUCACCACUGCGCCAGAUAUUCUUAUCACUUCAUUUGUUCCAAAUAUGAUAAGAAGCACAUCUGUGCAAGCUACAUCAAGAUUCCAAAGACUAAAUAUUACUACAAGACCAAAUGUAUCCAUUACAAGAUCAAGGCCAAAUGUGACUCCUACAAGCAAAUCUGUAAAUGCCAAAAGAAGUGGAAGAAGGUCACCAAGAAGCACUACAAGGGAUGGUACGAUACUUAUCAUCGUGCUUUCUGUAUCAAGAAGUGUCACUCCAUUUGUAACAGAGUGGUCAAGAGAAGAUACUGUGUUGCUCACAAGAAAGUUCGUUUCGCUCGUCCAAAGGGUUAUAUCAAGAAGUGCAACAAGUUUGUUUUCAGAAAGUUCUGCGUUGCUCAAAAGAAGGCUCGUUUCUGUACCAAGUGGGUUAAGACUAAGUUCUGUAACGCUCGUAAGAAGGUCAGAUACUGCAAGAUUCACAAGUAUAGAAGAUUCUGUAAAUACUACAAAUCCGUUCCAUUCUGUACUCAACAUCAUACUACCAAGUCACGUUGUUUGAAGAGAAAGUACUGGAGAAAAUGUACCCAUAGAUCCUACGGAGUCAAAGUCUGUAAGAAGUACCAAUUCGUUGGUGGUAAAUUGCAUUGUGCCAAGAGAGGUUUGGUCAAUAAGUGCACGGAAUAUGAGACUAAGUGUUCUCCAAUUCAAAUCGACAAGUAUGUUCCAAAGAAGAAGUAA